AUGCAUCCUCUUCUCCAUACCAAAGACAACGUCGCGUGCAAAGACUUGAUGAUCGCACUCGAACAAUGCCAUAUGCGGGGCUUCCUUUGGAAAUCCAUGGGCAUGUGCAAUGACGCCAAGGAGGAGCUCUCUGCCUGCCUGAGGGCAGAACGGUGGAAGACUCAGAGCUUCAACCGAAGUGGUGUUGCCAACAAAAAGGACAAGAUUCGGCAAGCCUGGAAGGACGUCGACGAAAACUCAUAA